AAAAAUAAUCCCACUCGGGCCGAACCAGCUUUAAAAUCUUACCAAUGCUUCAGUGAUUUCAAGUGUGCUGCAGUUGCAAAACCUAGGGUUAAGCCUUCUUCUGAGUUGUGAGCUUUUCAGCGGUUUUUCCCACAAUGGUUCUUCAGAAUGAUAUUGAUUUGCUGAACCCUCCAGCUGAGUUGGAGAAGAGAAAGCACAAGCUUAAGCGUCUUGUUCAGUCUCCAAAUUCUUUCUUCAUGGAUGUGAAGUGUCAGGGUUGCUUCAACAUAACAACUGUGUUUAGCCACUCUCAAACAGUUGUGGUAUGCGGUAACUGCCAGACUGUGUUGUGCCAACCAACGGGUGGACGGGCGAGGUUAACUGAAGGUUGCUCUUUUAGGAAGAAGGGAGACUGAAAUGCUUCAUUUUUCAUGAUUGAAGAGUUUCGGCUGUUAGGUUUUUGAUAUGUAACCAGUUUUAGUUAUGAUUAUUAAUUUUGUUAACUAUAUCUCUCUGCCUUCUCAAGACAUGCUAGUACCACCCAAUCUUGAAUUUUUCUUUAAUGAAGUGGAUGAUGUGGUUUUGUUGGAUAUAUAUUUUUAUAACAAUUUUCCUUACUGAAGUGGAUAUGAUUUAAUUUGGAUA